UGUACAUUAAGGAUGAUUUUGCUGAAGUCAGUCAAAUCAGUUUCCUACAGGAAACUAUUGUCAGUAUGGCAUUGGUUGGUGCGAUGAUUGGAGCUGCUGCUGGGGGCUGGAUUAAUGAUUAUUUUGGACGGAAGAAAAAUACUGUCUGCUGAUGUUUUCAUACUGUGAUCUGUGGUAAUGGCUGCAGGUCCAGAUCCAUACAUUCUUAUACUUGGACGACUCUUAGUAGGUCUAGGAGUUGGUGUUGCUUCUGUCACUGCUCCUGUUUACAUCGCUGAAGCAUCACCAUCAGAAAUUCGUAGGGGCCUUGUGAGCUCUAAUGUACUAAUGAUUACAGGCGCACAAUUUCUAUCCUAUCUCGUGAAUCUGGCUUUCACAGUGUGCAUUGAGGGGGCGGAGUCCACACUGUUAAUGGCAUCUGGAAUGUGUGCUAGCACCAUUUUGCUUAUGGCAUUGGUUCCAGCUGGUGGUCAUAUUGUGACAACAAUAGAUUGCUACAGGAAGACUAGAAUUUUCAUUGAGACAGUACUCCCCAAAAUGGGGAUCAAGGUCAUUGUUGGUUGGUCAGUGGUUCCAAAAAGCUUGUGGCUCAAGUUCGAACCCUCCAUAACAUUGUCAGUGGAACACUUAACCCUGUGUUUGAUCCUGAAUGUUCAAGAGAUUGAUACAACGGGAAAAUGCAUCUGCUAUUGUAAACUUUAUAAAUAGUAUAUAUACAAAUGUAAAUAGACAACAGUCACAUGAUGUGUGAAUGUCAUGUGCACAUUCAAUAGUAUAGUAUUUCCAUAGUUGUAUAGUGUACUCAUUGCACAUUUAUACAUUUAUAAUUGAUUUUGAAAGAAUUUAUGUAACUCCGAUGAUUGAUCUCCAAGGCAGUGAGGUGGGUAUUUUGAAA